AUGUCGUCCGCAGAUGUGAUCGUUCUUUCGGUGAAGGUUGCCAAGCAGCGCAAGCCUCGCCAGCUGCGGAAGGACGACAAAGCCGAACAUGGUGCUGACAGCCAGGAGCCGGUCAGAUUUCAGCACGUCAAGCAAGAAGUGACGGAGGGCAUCGAGGCAGACAAGUUGAAUCAAGCAAGGCAAGAUCAAGAUCACGAGGAAAUGCCCAAGGUAAAGGAUGAGGUGAAGGAAGAAGUUGAGGACGUGAAGAAAGAGGUGAAGGAGGAUGUGCAGACGGAAAUAGAGACACGGAUCAAGGAGGAGCAGUCCCGGGAUAUGAAAGAGGAAGUCAAAGAGGAGAUGGUGCAAAAGGACGUGAAGAAAGAGGUGAAGGAGGAGGUUUCGAAGGAUGUGCAGACGGAAAUAGAGACACGGAUCAAGGAGGAGCAGUCCCGGGAUAUGAAAGAGGAAGUCAAAGAGGAGAUGAUGCAAAAGGUGAAGGAGGAGCUUUCCAAAGAUAUCGAGAUCAAGCAGGAGGAGGUUGACUUGCUGAGUUCUCCGGGCAUGUCGUCAAACCUGUUUGCGGUACUCAUAGCUGCAGCAAGAGGCCGUCAGCUGCCGGCGAAGACUGCGCACGAAGGCUGGUACUGGAGCAACUUGCAGAACCAGUUGUUUGCAGAGGUUGACAAAGGUUUGGAAGAACAUGGGCUGUCAAGUUUGCCGAACCACUCCUUCCCGACUGGCGUGAAGCGCGAGCAGGUGUGUGUUAAGGAGGAACAUGCUGAGCAGUCUGGUCCGAUCCAAGAAGCCAAGAGGCGUCGAUUGAGCCAGAAGAGUCCGGACAGCUCAGUUCCAUCCUUCCAGUCGCGAGUGACAGAGUGGGCCGAGAAAUGCCUAGCAUUUCAAUCCUCUGGCAAGACGUGGCUGCCCACGAAGCCUUGCUGUCCGGCCAGCCCGUUUCUUGGACUAGCAGCAGCUCCGUGGCAAGGGUGUGAGAAGGACGCGGCAGCAGCAUGCGUGCAGCUCCUCAGCAAAGAGCAGUUCAGAGAGUUGCGCGACUUCUAUCACGAGAACCCACACCAUGCCCUCUUCCAUGGCAACAGUGACCCAAGCAGCAAACAACAGACAGAGACCACAGCUGGAUCCAGGCCGCAGGCCCACAGGAGCUCAACCGGCAAUCAGCACCGAGCAGCUGAGUGCAUGAAGAUGUGGCCUUGGAUGCGGGACCUUCCCACCCGAGCUUGGGCCGGCAAUGGCUGGCUACUCGUGGAGGACGGCAUGAUGAAGCUCUCCCCGACCGGAGGGGGCUCCGCCAUGCAGGGCCUGGAGAUCUUCGAGUCCAUGGGCUCCGUCCCGGAACCCGACGAGCCAUCCAGCAGAGCGGAGCCCAGAGCCGAGGAAGGCCAGGUCAUCACGAAGUGCUUCCGUGGCCUGGAGCGCCAGAGUGGCAUCCAGGGAAUCAUCUGGAAGAGAGAAAUGGCUUGCUGGCGAGUCCAAUGGCAGGUAGCUGGCAAGCGGAAGCUGCUCCACUUCCCCAUUUCCAAGCACAUGAAGCUGGGCCUCAGCGAGGCGGAGGCCGUGGAGGCGGCCCUCGAGGAGGCCAAGGCUUUCCGCGAGGAGCUCGUGCGCCUUGGAAAGCUGAAGCCGCCGAGACCCGUCACGGAGAAGGCCUCCGGCUCCACGGUGAGGGGAAUUAAGUAUAACAAGAAUAACGGAACCUUUCAGGUUCAAAUGACUGACCCCUCCACCAAGAAACUCGUCCACGGCGGCAUGUUCAAGGUGAAGGAGGAGGCCGAGGCCAGGGCUCGGGAGAUGUUCCAGAAGUUUUGGGAUGAGCACCACGAGGUGGUGCCAGUGAAGCCGCUUUCGGAGAUCCCUCACUUCGAGCCUCUCGGGCCGGAGAAGGGAAUCCGGUGGAGCCAGCAGACAUGGCAUGCCCAGAUCAAUGUGGCAGGCGAGCACAGGGACCUAAGGGUUCGCCCCAAGGACUUCUCGGCGAAGGAGGUGGAGAAGGCCUGGAAGCAGGCGGUGGCCUGGCGCAAGCAGCAGGAGAAGGAGAAGGAGCGGAUCCAGGAGGCCCAGAAGCGAAAGCGCUAA